AUGUUGCCUCAACAACAAGGCACCAACAGCUGUCUUCCAAAUCCAGACAAGUCAGAACGGAAGAAUGCUACUAAGGGGUUCUAUAGCUCAAAUGAAAUGCGCAAUGGAGGGGUAGAGGCGUAUGCCGUACGAUGUGCACGUCCUGUAACAGGGGCAAGUGUACAAUCGGAGAAGGGAACGGAAGAUCUCGUAGCUAGAGAGACCGCAUAUGGUCGGAUCAGCCAGCAAGCGCUGGAGAAUGGCCGUGGAGCCCCACUGUUGCAUUGGAAAGAAUCGGAGCAGCAAUGA